CGAUAAUUAAUGUUCGCGGAGAAGAUGUCGAUCGCACACAGGGCAGCGGAGUACAUGCUCUCCGACGCGUUACUGCCCGACCAACCGCCCAAUAAGAAAGCCCUGCGACUGGAGUUACCUCUGGACCGUAUUAUCAAGCUGGUCACGGUCGGUCUGCCGCUGUUACUUGUCUCCUUAACGUUUGCCCGGGAGAUGUCUUCAGGGUCACAAGUAAUCUGCUUCCCUCCAAAUAACUUCACAGUGAAGCAAGUGCAGUUCGUAGAUAAGCACUGCUGGCAGUCCCUGACGCACCACGACUUCACCACCGAAGGAAAUCACAUCGUCAGCUCCCUCUGGAUCCACAAGGUGUUCCCGUUCACGCUGACAGUCAUCGCGAUCGCCAUGUACAUUCCGGUCGUCCUUUGGCGGUAUAUCUCCAAGUCUGCGCUGUACACCGAUCUCCUCUUCAUUAUCGAUGAGCUGGACAAAUCCUACAACCGAUCCAUCAAGCUGGUCCAACACUUGGUGAAGACUCACCGGAGCUCUGCCGACCCGCAGCUGUUCUGGGAGGAGCUGAAAAGUGCCCGCCAUGUGCGCUACUUUGAAUAUCCCCUGCUGGAGCGUUACCUGUCGGGCAAACAGCGCUCCCACUUCAUCGCGUUCACCUACCUCUUCCGCAACAUCCUCCUACUUCUUCUCAUCGUCUUCACCUGCUUCUACCUGGGCUUCUUCCACCUCAGCGUCUUCUACCAAGACGAGUUCAACUGCCACAUCAAGCCCAGCUUCCUGCCGUCGGACACUUCCUCCUCCUCCUCUGCCAUCUUCGUCAGAUGCAAACUGAUCUCUCUGACCAUCUUCCAGAUCAUCAGCGUGGUGAACGCCGCGGUCUACAUCCUCCUGGUGCCGGUGAUAUUGUACAACAUCAGUAAGCUCUUCCGCUGGGACAAACAGUUCCUGAACAUCUACGAAAUGCUCCCGGCCUUCGACCUCGUGAGCAAGAAGAUGUUGGGUUGCCCCAUCAACGACCUCAACAUCAUUAUUCUCUUCCUUCGGGCCAACAUAUGCGAGCUCAAAUCGUUCAGCCGCCUCAGCGUUCUCUGCUCGCUCAAGGACAUGAGCCGGAACCGGGAGAACAUAGACACGGUGGUGGACUUCAUGACGCUGGUGGUGGGAAUGGAGGAAGACAGCGAGACCUUCCUCACACCGGGAGUCAUAGGAGGCAAAGAACCUCAACCGCCAUCAAAAGGGGAAAACAUCGCCGAUACCAAACACGCCGAAUUCAUCUCCUGGCAGAACAAGGCCAGGAAACGAUCGUCCUUCAUCAAUAUCCAAAGAACGUGUGAAGAGUGA